AUGGACCCAGCAGGCACCAAUUCGUCGAUCUCGACAUCCAAGUUCGGAGACUACGCGAAGGUCCACCUCGGCGACAACAUACAUUACUCCGUAUCAAAGGGAAAUGCUACUCCAAGCCAUUUCGGAUUCGACGACUUCCUUGCCACGUUGAAUCCAAUCCUGCCAGAAGAUCAGCGGAUUCUGACCAGGGACCGUUACUCUGGCGCGGGUCCAAAUUCGUUCAGGAGGGUGCUUGACGAUAAUCCCGUCUUCGAUUUUGAGACCUGGUAUCAGGGUGGUCACCAAAGGUUGCUAUGGAUUCAGGACAAGACGAACCAGGGGCACAGUCUCCUGGUGUUCCGAAUCAUUUCGCACCAAGCACUGAACGUACACCUCGAUCCUUACUACAUUCCGAGCCGUCCUCGACUUGGCCACACACGCCCUUUGAUUGUGUCUUACUUCUUCUGCAGUCAGUUCAUGGGCACGGCGAAAUGUGCAACAGAAGUACUUCGUGGCCUGAUAUAUAAUCUACUGAGAACCGACGAGAAGGCUUUGGUCCGGCCAACUGCAGAUCCCAACACUCAUGACGAUGUGCACGAGUUCAGUCGCCUGUCCCGAGUACUACGCAAACGUUUGCAGAAAGCUACAGCCGAAGGCUAUCGUGUCAUUCUAGUUGUCGAAGGCAUCGACCAGUGCGCCGAUGAUGCAAGUGAGGUGGGUGUACCACACUUGCUGAGCACACUGCGUGAUGCCUGGAAGGAAGGCAACGAAAACGACGUGGACACCAACAUCCAAUGCAUCAUCUCCAGCCGGCCGUCACGCGACAUCGAAUUGGAACUACGCCUGCUCGACUUUAAUUUCGAGGUGAUCGACCUUGAAUCUGGCUUCGUUGCGGACGCAAACCAGCUCCAGGCGCCAUACAACUCGCUCAAGGAGAGCUCCAGAGUGACUGAGUCGUCAUCCUGGUUCGAGUACAGCAAUGCUGGUCGGGAUUGGCUACGCCGUGCCAAUUACGAAGCAUCUCCAGUGCGUACUCUGUGGUACCGCCGAUCUGGCGGCAACUUCCAGCCACAGAAACUGCUUAUUGCCUGCGUUGAAAGUCUGAUGUCCAAGUACGACAACACAAACCCCCGCACGCUCUACUUCUCUUUCGCCUCCGGUAUGGCACAUGAAUCCGGAACGCCAGGUGCCACGAGCCGCAAUUGUCAGCCUUCAGCUAUAGCGCUGCAAGCCUUGUUCUGUCAGCUUGCCGCGCGACGUUGCGGAUCCACGGAAUCAUGGGUGGCGUUUCUGGUAGCCUUGCCAGAGACGCACAAAACGCUGCUCCGGAACAUUCAUGUGAAGAAACAGGAUCUUUCGUCUUUUGGACGAGUUCCACCGUCCCACAUGAAGCAGCUUGUGGCAGCAGUACUGGAUACAUUUGUUGAGCCAUUGGUACUUAUCUUCGACUUUCUCGAAUUGACGGACGUGGAAGGCUGGGAAGAUGUCGUUUCUGCACUCGAGAGAGUUUUGAAGCCUGGGACACGAAUGCUCUUCUGUUGCGAUGGCCAACUUUUGCGUGAUUACACGGCCCGUGCGACUCCAGCGCGUGCCGAGGUAGUGGUCGUUGAUGAACACACCGAGUAUCUUGGUAUGAUGAGACUUCAAUGCCUUCAAACUCUUGAAGUCAAUCACAUUAGUCUUCGACGCGAACAAGUUCCUGACGCUCUCGUUCAAACCAACCGAUGGCUCUGGAGCCACGCCAGCUUCCAGCGAUGGGAGGAAGAAGGAGGUCUGUUAUGGAUCUACGGUCGGCCUGGCUCCGGCAAAUCGGUCCUAGCGAAGACAAUCCUCAGAGAACUUGAGAACUCGAGCAACAGUACAACUCACCUAGAAAGACGGCUUAUUUGCGAUUGGUUCUAUAAUUCCAGCGGGGGAGAUGUCGGCACGGCGCACAGCUUCAUGUUGCGUUCUGUUCUUCGCAACAUCUUGAGGCGCAGUGAGCACCUUUUCGAUAAGGUGAAGCACCACUACCGGUCCCUAUUCGACGCCAAAGGCACCAACGAUGUGGCCUGGACCACUGCAGCCCUCUGCGAUUUGCUGCUUGAGAUUUCUGCUUCUCCUGCUGCACCGGACACACUCAUCGUCGUAGAUGGGCUGGACGAAUCCGAAAACGGGGACAACCUCGAAGCAAAGCAGUAUUUCGUUGGUUUUCUCUACAAAUUCUCGCAAUUGACACUCAGUCGCGUGCGAUGGAUCGUACUGAGCAGACCGGAGCCGGUUAUUCGAGACGCAUUCCGCGGAGCCAAUCGGCGGAUUUCCUGCGCGAUCAACAUGGAUGAAGAGAAUGAAGACGAUAUCAACACAAUCAUUGGAGCCGGCUUGGAUGGUAUCCGCGCUGCCUGGGAGCGGAGUGUUGGGUUGGUAGACGACAAAGAAACCUCUUCCUCUGUCGAUGCCGUUCUACUUGGUAUGGCGACCUACUUAAAAGAGCAAGCAAACGGUGUGAUCCUAUGGGUCUCGCUCGCGCUGAACCAGCUUAAACUCAGCGUCGAAAGUAAAUAUGGCUUCUCCCUCCACGAUUUGGACAAAAUUAUGCGCGGCUUGCCCCUUGGACUUGACGACUUCUAUUCAAAGAUUAUGUUGAACCUGAAUGUUGUCUCGGACCCGGAAAGGCUCUCAACUACCAAGGCAAUGCUGACGUGGAUCAUCGGCGCGCGGCGUUGGGCUCCGUUGCAGCUUCGACACCUUCGCGAAGUCAUGGCUAUGGCCAAGUUGGCUCAGGUAGACAAGCGGCCCGAUAUGGAUAUGCUCGAGAGCCACCGGCCUGUAGUUCGAUCCCCAAGAGACUGGAGCGGGUUUCGAGGCAUCAUAUACCAACACUGUGGACCGCUCGUCGAAAUCCGAUUGAGCAAUGCCGACGACAAACCCAAGGUAGCCCCGUCAUCCACGCUGGAGAUGCUCCAUGAGACUGCGAGGAGCUAUCUUAAGGAUGAGAGACGAAGCGGGGUGUUUUACAUUGACACCGUUGCCGCAGAGCAAACUGUUCUUGUCGAGUCGUUCAAAUACCUUGGAUUUGCCAUUCCUCCUCCAACGCUUCUGGAUGCAGGUGAUGCGCCACGGCCACUUCGGACCUCUUUAUUGUCACAGACUCGGAGCAUCAUUUCGACAGACUUCUCGGAGAGUCGAGAGUGGCGUAAUUUGUUAUCGCGGCCACCUCGCCGGACAGAGGAUGAACUGCGGGGACGCGCACGAAAAGACUAUUUGGACAGCUGGCCGCUCGCCUCUUUGGCUUUCCAAGUUCUGCGUGGCAGUCAUGCCACGGAUGACUCAACGUUGAUCACUCUGCUGCCUGACCAAGGCACUAUAAGAGAUUUUCGGGCUCUUUUCAUCACUUCCUGGCUGGCGGAUACCUAUUACUCGAUGGAGCGGCAGCUGGACUACUCAGUUGUCGAGCUAUUCACCCGUCACUGCUGCGAAACUGGUCAGUCAACGACGCUGGCCAAAACCUUCGAGCUGAUAGACGGAUAUGCUGCGCUUUACCGCUCCGAUGCGGAUGAGGCGGCACCCAAAAACAGCCGUUUCGAGUAUUCGGUGCUGAAGGGAGCUGUUGCCGCUUUCCUCAACGUCGCUCUCGAUCAACCUCGUUGCGGAAGGGCGGUCGGCUCUGCUCUCCUCAAGGAGUGCAGGAUGUAUUACAGCCUAUUGGAAAACUCCAGCAGCGUCGGCAUAAACACCGUACCCGCCGGGAGUCAUGUCGAAGACCAAAGUGCUGGCCCGUCCGCCACUAAUGAAGGUCGGGCGAUGCUGGACAAGAUCAGGUCCAUCGUGGACACUGCAUACUGCGAGCAAUCGCCCCAACAGGAUUUUUCGGACAGAUGUCGUUGUUAUCGCCAAGUUCACAUCGUGACUCUUCCCGGCGGACGCAAGUCGGUCUUCGUCUGGCAGGUGUACAGUGCAAUCGAGGACGUCCUGGGUUGGUUGCGGGAGAAGAACCACGAUUCGCCUGGGGAUUCAGAUGUGCUAUCCUCCAUGAAGUCGACAUUGCUGGAUUGGUGGAACGACCCCGUUGCUCCCUUCUCCCAAGCCAUACUCAGACACUGCGCAUUAGAAUUGGACACCAAGCUACAGGGUUCAGACAGGCCUGCGGCAAUUCCUUCAAUUGCUGCUGCAGAUGGCAGGUAG